UCUUCAAGGUCUGAGAAUUAGUCAUUCUCACUCUCUCUGAUACUGCCUUUUCGUUUAAGGAGUGAUUCUUGUUGGCUCUAAUGAUGGCCCUUGCAAAGAUGCUGUAGCAUAAAAAAGUGAGCCGAGCGACCAGAGCCAACAUUGGCUCUAAGUGGAAACCGACCCAGGCAACGAGACGGGUGUUGCACAACGUGUGCACGGGCAGUGCAGCAAGAUCCUUCCUGGCGUUAGUCCUGCGGAAGAGGUGUGGACAUUGUCAGCGUCUCCAGCCCACUUGGAAUGAUUUGGGAGAUAAAUACAACAACAUGGAAGACCCACAGGUCUAUGUUGUUAAAGUGGAUUGUACUACAGAUACUCCACUGUGCUCUGAAUUUGGCGUCCGAGGAUACCCAACCCUAAAGCUGCUUAAACCAGGACAAGAACCUCUGAAAUACCAAGGCCCUAGGGACUUCCAGGCACUGGAAAACUGGAUGUUGGAGAAACUAAAUGAGGAACCAUCUGAUCCAGAAUCUGAUGUGGAACCACCAAAAGCCCCUGAACCUAAGCAGGGAAUGUAUGAACUCUCAGCAGACAAUUUCAAGAUGCACAUAGCAGAAGGUAAUCACUUUAUCAAAUUCUUUGCCCCUUGGUGUGGUCAUUGCAAGGCUUUGGCCCCAACCUGGGAACAGCUGGCUCAAGCCUUUGAACAUUCAGAAACUGUCAAGAUUGGCAAGGUCGACUGUACCCAGCAUUACAAAGUCUGCUCUGAAACCCAGGUUCGUGGCUAUCCCACACUCCUCUGGUUUAGGAAUGGUGAAAAGGGUGACCAGUACAAAGGGAAGAGGGACUUCGAUUCCUUAAAGGAAUAUGUGGAUUCCCAACUACAGAGCUCUGGGAAAGAGCCACCAGCAGAUAAACCUGCCGAAGCCCCGCAGCCACCCACAGAACCCACCCGUGUAGAGGCUGCAGUGCUCUCUCUCUCUGAAAAAGACUUUGAUGCAACCAUUGCUAGGGGGAUCACCUUUAUUAAAUUCUAUGCUCCAUGGUGUGGUCACUGUAAGAACUUGGCUCCAACUUGGGAGAACCUUGCCAAAGAGCAAUUUCCAGGUUUGACUGAUGUCAAAAUAGCAGAAGUAGACUGCACUGUGGAACGUAACGUCUGCAACAGAUUUUCUGUACGUGGUUAUCCUACACUUCUGCUUUUCCGAGGUGGAAAGAAAGUCAGUGAACACAAUGGAACGAGAGACCUUGAAUCACUGCAUAGCUUUGUCUUGCGUCAGGCAAGGGAUGAAUUGUAAUAAAAGUCUGGAUGCUCCGUCCCUGGCUGUCUUUGUACAGUAGCUGAGGGAUUUCAAUCAUUGCUAACUUUCAAAUAGUGUAUU